UUUAUCCAAGCCAUUGUUUUAUCAUAAAAUGGGCUCGCAUAUUCUCAGGUCUUCUUCACCCCUUUCUUCUUCUUCUUCUUCCAAGACCUUACGAAUCUUCAACCCGACAACCACACCCUCCCUCACCAACCUCCUCCUCCUCCGACCUUCAAACCCUUUAUCCACUUCACUCUUCAAAACCCACUACAAUACUUUCUCACCAAAACCCACCAAAAGCAUCAUCACACCCGCUAUUGGAUUCGGUGGGUCUUUUCAGAACAGUAAUCGUACCUUCCGUGGUGGACUCGUUGUAACCAUGGCUGCUGCACCUGGUCCCAUUCAUAAAUCAGAGGAGGAGUGGCGAGCUGUCCUCUCACCCGAGCAGUUUCGGAUUCUGAGGCGAAAGGGCACCGAGUACCCGGGCACUGGAGUAUAUGACAAGUUCUUUGAGGAGGGAGUCUAUACGUGUGCAGGAUGUGAGACUCCUCUCUACAAGUCCACAACCAAAUUUAACUCUGGUUGUGGUUGGCCGGCUUUCUACGAAGGUCUUCCUGGGGCUAUAAAUUCUGUUUCGGACCCUGAUGGGAUGAGGGUUGAAAUUACAUGCGCAGCUUGUGGUGGACACCUGGGUCAUGUAUUCAAAGGCGAAGGUUUCCGGACACCCACAGAUGAGCGCCAUUGUGUGAACAGUAUUUCACUCAAGUUUACUCCUGCCAAUUCUAAUCCCUCUGAGUGAAGGAGCCUUAUGUAUGGUGUACUAUAGUAUUCGUAAAAUCUUUUAAUAAGUCAACUGGGCAUGGUGAACAUUGGUUCUACAACAUUUGUGGUAAUGUUGUCAUUGCUCUAUAUAUGCCUAAAUCUAGUCUUGUUGCAUAUAA